UACAACAAACUAUCGCCGAAAGCCCCGAGCCAAGUGUACGAACCUAAUCAAAUUAUAUCACAUUUGCUUACGUGUUUUGUUUUGUGAUUGAAAGUGUAAUCGUUUCCGCCAGUGCGUUGCAAUAAGAAGGGUGCGAAGUAAAUAGUCUUCUUUUUAGAUAUUCGAUUACCAACGCAAGCAUUCCGUAGUUAAGCUGUUCGGUUCGGGUAACCACCAAAUGAUACCCAACAGUGCCAGAACACAACAACAGAACAACCAUCAACAAAGCGACACAAGCGCCACAUAAUCAGCCAACGACGAUGGUUCGUACGGAUUGAUUACGGCAGACGGUUGCAAGAACGAAGAAGCAAGUGCCUACCUGGCAGGGGCGACAAGAUUAACAGUAAGACAAAAAUGUGCAUAUCACUCUGUACCCACUGGCGAGCCUUGCUGAGGCCGCUGCUGGUCAUCCUGUACGUACUCUUCGUCAUCAUCGUCGUCCCGCUGCUGAUCGCCGAUUCUGUAAAGGACGGUUUCACCCGCAAAGGUCAACUGAUUUUGAUCGGCGGUCUGUUCGUGCUGUGCGCGAUACCGAUUUCGAUAUGGCAAAUCGCACAGCACGCCAUCCACUACACGAAGCCUCAGCUGCAGCGGCACAUAAUCAGAAUCCUAUGGAUGGUGCCGAUCUACGCACUCAAUGCGCUGCUCUGUCUCAUAUGGCCCAACAAGUCUAUCUACAUGGACAGUAUCCGCGAGUGCUACGAGGCGUACGUUAUCUACAACUUUAUGAAAUACCUGCUGAACUAUCUCAACCUGGAAAUGGACCUGGAGAGAACGCUCGAAUGGAAUGCACAGACGUACCAUUUCUUUCCCUUUUGUUGUCUGGCGCCGUGGCAGAUGGGCCACGAGUUUGUGCAUAACUGCAAACACGGCAUCCUGCAGUACACGGUCGUUCGGCCGCUGACCACCGUGAUUGCCUGCAUUUGUCAGCUCAACCACGUAUACGGUGAGGGACAGUUCCGAGCGUCAGUUGCAUUCCCGUACCUUGUGUUCGCCAACAACUGCUCCCAAUCGAUCGCAAUGUACUGCCUCAUACUGUUCUAUCAGGCGACACGCAAUGAGCUGCGUGGGAUGAGACCGAUACCGAAAUUCCUAUGCAUCAAGGCGGUCAUUUUCUUUUCCUUCUUUCAAAGCGUUAUCAUCUACUUCCUCGUGUACUACGGCAUCAUAAAGGACAUUUUCGAAAGCAACACUGCCGACCUGGAAUCGCGCCUGGAACUUUCGACCAAGCUGCAAAACUUUCUCAUCUGCUUCGAGAUGCUGCUGGCCGCCCUGGCGCAUCAUUACAGUUUCUCGCACCGCCCGUACGAGCGUAUCCUACCGCCGAGCCUGAUGGUGGCGGGUAGCAUUAAUGGUAGCAGCAGUGGUGCUGCUGGUGGCGCACCUGGGGGCGGUGGGGGGCAUUCAUGGUACUCGGGCUUCCUGACCAUGCUCGAUCUGUCGGACGUGCGGCAGGACGUGAGCGAACAUCUGGGUGAGGUCGGCAGUUCGCUUAGCCGCCGGUUUCGUGGCCGUGCUAUAUAUCAAAUGGCACCGGGUAGCAGUCGCAACUGUGAUAUGAACGUCAGCGGCUCGGACCGAGAAUUUCUCGUUCCGCCAGCAGGAGCAGCGGGCUCGAACCUUCUCGGUAGUCAGUGCUACCAGAGUGGCCUCUACUACAGUGCAACCGGUGCUGCGUCCCAGUUGUACACGAGCCAGGGUAAGGUCGGAGGAGCGGGGCACGGCCAGCGGUACGGUGCCCUCGAUCAAGCGGCCAUCAGUAUUGUGCGGCCGAAGGGUGAAAAGCUCGUCGAAACACCGAACGAAGGUGCCCCGCCCAAGGAGGUAAACAUUUUCAACCAGUUUCCAUCGACGAAGACACUCAACCUGGCGCUCAGUAAAACGCCCAGUUACGAGAAUUUAAUCUCGCUCAAAAGUGACGAUCCGGCGUCGACUUCCAAAGUAGGCGACGAAAAGCGUCGUCAGCAGCAACAGCAGCGAACAAAAAACAACCUGCAAUCCUCCGCCAACGAUCGAACGACGAACAGUAAUAGUGAGUCGAGCUCGUCCCAUCGGUUGCAACGCUCCGAAAGCAAUGGAAGCGACUGGCUCAGCACGCCCGAGGACGAGCUGGGGAUCGACGUGAAGGGGCUCAGUAGCGACAAUAUCAAUAUCAAUACAAACCGAAAAACCUAACCGAGCUGCUUCGAAGUGGAACGUCGCAGUGGAAGGAAAAUCCUUCGAAAUCGAAUCGAUCGCUUUCGGUAGGAUGUGAGAUUAUUUUUCCUAUGUUUCUCUGCCCCUUAAAUAUGCUCACCGUAGCAGUAUUGAGAGUUCCAACAUGGUAUGCAAACUGUGCGCAGCGGUAAAACUGUGGGGUUUCGUGUGCGGUGGCAAUCGUUUAAAGUUUUCUACCGUACGACUAUACAUACAUGCCUUAGGACGCUUCGGCUUCUCGACGUAAAGGCGUGGCAAAGGUGCAAUAUCAACUAUCUGCUUCAAAACAAAACGUAAAAGACAAGCUUGAGGACAACAUUUAUAGAUAAAAACUGUAUCCAUACAGCAGCAUAGUAUGGCACGUCCCUGGAUAGAAGAGGAAGCAGAGGGAAAACAACGAUUGCCAAAACAUAUUCCACGAGCGACCACCGGAAUAGAGUGGCGAACAAUUUAAAAAAUCUCAAUCGAACUGCUUCUAUCAAACGUAUCUGUGGUAAAUUAAUAGAAAAAAAAACAAGAAGACAA